UGGGCACUGGUGGGUGGCACUGGUGGGCACAGGUGGGUGGCACUGGUGGGCACAGGUGGGUGGGCACAGGUGGGUGGCAAUGCUGGGCACAGGUAGGUGGCACUUCUGGGCACAGGUGGGUGCACUGCUGGGCACAGGUUGGUGCACUGCUGGGCACAGGUGGGCGGAACUGGUGGGUGACACUGCUGUGCACCGAUCAUCAGGGCACUGAUCAUCAGUGCCCUGAUGAUCGGUGCCGAUCCCUGCUCUGACAACUGGCGGUUCUCGGCAGUACUUUCCUCGCGCUCUGACAGCGUGAGGAAAGUGCAGCCGAGAACCGGUAAUUGCAU